GGAAGUUGGGCCUGCCAAAACAAAGACACUGAACUGCAUCUGCAGUCAUGUCCACUUAAAUAAAUGAAGGCCAAACAAGGCCCAAUAAAAUGAUGGAGGCUGGGGCCUGCCGAUACAAAGACAGUACUCUCCCGGCUCGGUCUCUGCGCGGUGGCUACUCUCUGUCUCCGGCGACACCAUUUUUUCAGUCACCUCAAACCCCGCUGAGGAAGGCGCAGGGUCUUUAUUCGUAAUAGAGAUCGACGGCAUGGGGUUGUGUCGUCGUCUCUGUGUAAUAAUUAGAAAGGCGAGUCCCUAUUCUCUGCAGAGACCGGUGCCGUUCUCUUCUACGGGUUCGGCGGGGAGCCCUAGAACCUCCGACUCCUUUCCUGAAGACUCCGACGGAGGCGGCGGCAGCGCAGUGUAUCGCCGCGCUCUCAAAUUCCAGCGCCCCACCGUCAUCAAAUGGCAGGAUCGCUUGUACAAUUCCGUCAGCUUCAUCGGAACGGUCGAGCUUCCCGUUAAAAUCACUGCCACCAGGCACGGUAGCUUCGGUGUUCACACAAUGCUCAGCGUGAAAACCUCUCGUGAAUCUAACCACACGCUUAGGAUUUUUCUGAAGAUGUGGGACAACUUGGCAGAAAUAGCUAUCAAACAUCUGAAACCGAAUGAUUUUAUUUAUGUUUCAGGUUCUUUAGGGUCCUAUGAAAAGAGCGAUGCAAAUGGAAAGCUCAGAAUAUAUUACGAGGUUACUGUAAAGGAAUUAAAUUAUGUUGUGCCACGUGGUCAAGGACAAAUCUCCCAAAAAUAUGAGAACUCAGAAUCACGAGGUGUUUCUGGUUUGGAAAAGAAGGAAGACCGCUUUCAUUUGUGGCAGAUUUAUUUUGCCAACCCGCAUGAGUGGUGGGAUAACAGGAAAAAUAAACCAAAUUCGCGUAUUCCUGAUUUUAAGCAUAAGGAUACUGGUGAAGCUCUUUGGCUUAGUCCACAUGAUCCUCCAUGGAUUAAAAGACAACUCCAAUUGCAUGAUUCAAGAAUGGCAGGAGGCGAUGAGGAGGAUGUAGGUUCUCGUUCCAGUGUGAGAAUGUGGGUGUAUGACGAGUAGGAAAGUGUCUGGGCCCGAAGAAGUGACUAAAGUUGUAUUUGAUCUUGAUGUGAGGAAGUUGUGUUCUUGACUUUUGGUUGCUUCUGAGUUUGAUUGCCAUUGUUGCGCUUAGUUUUGUACAGCCAUACAGGAAACUGAAUUUUACUUGAAGAGUAUAUAAUACACCAUAGGGGGAUUAAAGCGGUGGAAGAUCAGGUCUUGCAGUGAAGAUCUCAACUUUCGUGCAGUUCAUUGCAGGUUUCUUUGGAAAUUUAUGGAUAUUUUACUGUUAAGGAUUUGUUGGAAAAAAGUCUUCACUGAUUAGUGAAAUGAUUCCACACUCUGCUUGCUGUGUAAUUGAUAGAAGAAUGGUUUUAUGCUAUGCAUUAUUAAUUUGUUACCAGCAUAUUACAGAGAAUGAGAGAUUUUUCUUUUUAUAUAAA